AUGACGUUAAGGUAUAGCAGUCAUCCAUUCGAGUUAGUUGAAGGAGGGCAAUCCCCCUUAUCGUUUCCAGCCGUCGUAUACUACAUCUCUUUUCCACCUCUUCCACGACAUCUUCAAUAUGGUUCCCGGAUUCCCCAAUACCAUGCCAAAGAAGCCACCAAAGCUAUUAUACCGCUUUUGGGCGAAUUAUGCCACCAGGACAAGCAAAGGAACUUCUUACCGGCACUUUGGGAAUCAUUCACCAAAUGCCAGUGGAUUGACGCAGACAACGUGGCCAAGUCAAAGGAACGGGCAUUUUGGUACAAAGGCGGGUCGUCACCUCCACCGGAAAGCUCUAUGGGCAAAAGAGGCUGGUUAUGGGCAUUGAAUAUUAUGGUAAAAGACUGGGUUCUUUCAGAGGACUGGGCAUUUAGCUGA